UACUAGGAGAUCAUUCAUACAUAAAGCAGAUAUUACCCUGCCGCGUGUCAGACAAAAACACCACCCAAAUUAAAGAAAGAAAAAAUCUCGUUGUCUCCAAAUUAAAAAAAUCUCGUUUUCUCCGAUCAGCUCCCAUACGUCUCAACCCCUUAUGAUAAUCACUCCCCUGAAACCUUACAACCAUAUGCAUAAUUUGUGUAUGGAUACAUAGCCAUAAUUUAAUUUUGAACACAACAUAAUUUAACAUUCAAAUUUGCAGGCUUGUCCAAAUCAACACACAUACAUGUUCGUAUGUGCAUCAAAAUUUCGUCACGUAUUGGUGUGAAGACGAAACUGUUCUGUCAAACACAUAUCUGUACGUAUACAAUUAAACAUAUCUCCUAGAUGAUUUAUUCUUUACAAACAUAAUCUCAACGUAUAGAUGGUCCAAAGGUCUGAUAGAGGGAGACGUUGUUACAAUAUUUUUGAGUAUGAUGAGGCUAAUUGAUUGAUUGAGAUUUUUUUUUAAUUUUUCAUAUACGUACAUUAGAUAGGGGAAGUGAUGGGAGCUGUAACGUCGUCUAUGGCGGCAAAGUUUGCGUUUUUUCCGCCAAAUCCACCGUCGUAUGGGGUGGUGGUGGAAGAAACGACGGGAAAACUUAAGAUGACAGAGGUGGUGCAAGGGGAAGACGUGGACAUAUUGAAGCUAGGGACGAAGAAGGGGACAGAGAUUAUUGCCAUGUACGUGAGGAAUCCAGGGGCGAAGGUGACGGUGCUGUACUCUCAUGGAAAUGCGGCUGAUUUGGGGCAGAUGUAUGAUUUGUUCACAGAACUCAGUCUUCAUCUCCAGGUCAAUUUGAUGGGGUAUGACUAUUCAGGAUAUGGACAGUCCACUGGCAAGCCAAGUGAACAGAACACUUAUGCCGACAUAGAAGCUGCAUAUAAGUGUCUUGAAGAGACAUAUGGGGUGAAAGAGGAAGAUAUAAUAUUAUAUGGACAGUCUGUUGGCAGUGGACCAACAUUAGAUUUGGCAUCUCGCUUCUCAAGAUUGAGGGCUGUGGUUCUACAUAGCCCGAUACUCUCUGGAGUUCGCGUCUUGCAUCCAGUUAAGAAGACAUACUGGUUUGACAUAUUUAAGAACAUUGACAAGAUACCAUUGGUCGAAUGUCCAGUCCUCAUUAUUCAUGGCACUGCGGAUGAUGUUGUGGAUUUUUCCCAUGGUAAGCAGUUGUUUGAUCUAUGUAAGCAAAAGUAUGACCCGUUGUGGAUUGAAGGAGGUAACCAUUGUGAUUUAGAGCUCUACCCCGAGUACAUAAAACAUCUGAAGAAGUUCAUAUCAGCUAUUGAAAAAUCAACGGCUUCUACCAAUGGAGAGAAAUUGACGGCUUCUACCAACGGAGAGAAAUCGACGGUUUCUACCAAUGGAGAGAAAUUGACGGUUUCUACCAAUGGAAAUGCACAGAGUAUGGACCCAAUAGAUAAAAACCUUGAAACGUCGAAAUAGCAGAGAUUGUGGACGCAGGCCAUGCAGAAACCAGAAGGAGAAAUUUGGACCAAGUACAGAACAGAGAGAAAAACUAAAAACAAGCACACACCGGAGAGAUAUAUUGAGAGCCAGCAUGGACAGGAAAGAAACGUUAAGCAAAAAUAUGGAUCUAGCAGAAAGGGCAGAUAACAAUUCAGAACAACCAAAGAAAGCAAGAAACAUUUUUGAUCUGUCAUAUUAUAUUAGCUGGCUAAGAGUGUUUUUCAUCUUUUGUUUCCUUGUACUAAUUAGCAUGAUCUUGUAUAAUGUGUGAUAACUGCUUUAACAAAUGAUUGCUUCAUUGGUGUGUUAUCUUGCCAA